AUGAUUGAUGGAAUCCACUUUAUUGCUUCCAACAUUGGUGAGCGUGUACUUAUCACAUCACGUGCACAUAGUGGUUCAGAAGGGAUCAAAAUGGAUCUUAAUGUUCAUAGAUUUCACGAUAAAGAAAGAACUUUCAAUUAUGAAUUAAUGGAUCCUUACAGCUUGAUAAAUCCUGCCAAUGCUAAUAAACUUUUUAGUUGUAAAAUUAAACCGCCAUACAUAAUUAAAUCAAACAAUAUCAUUUAUGCAAAUGAUGAACUAUUAUUUAUUAAAAAAUUGGUAAAAGAUAACUGGAUUAGUUACUUGAGGAAUGAUUUGAGUGAUUACAACAAAAUUUCGACACCUUCAGUUAGAAGUGAAAUUAUUGAUUUUAUAAAAGAACAUGAUAGUGGAGUUAAAGUACCAAGGAUUAGUCUUUUUGAACGUAGAGAGGAGGAAGAAGAAACGAUAAAUACAUAUGAAGGACAUUUGAUAAAAUGGACUUUAAAAUGUAAAUCUACCUCAUUUACACUUGAGGCAUCUCAAAUAAAAUCUGAACCAUCUGAUAAACAAACAUUAAAUUCGUACGUAAGGAAAUGUAAACAACUUAAAAAUGAUGAUCUUUUCAUGAUUACAGGAAAAUGUGUAUUUCUUUGGACAUUUAGCCCACCCAAGGAUAUAAGUGCGCAUUACAUUUGGGGUGUUGGCAGAGACCUUUUAGACAUAGAUUUGGAAGAGAUAUUCAACAAUCCUUUGGCAGAAAGAUUUCUUCCACAUCCUGACUUUAAUGGAAUUAUCAAAGCGGUUAAUAAUGAAUCAGAUGAAAAUAUCACUAAAUUAUGUAAUUCGUUAUUGAAAACUUAUAUUGAAGAAAAUUUUUUUUUAGCAUAUCAUGGGAAAAUCCUUAUGGAAAACCUUUUAAUGUUAGAUCAGGACUGGUUGAUUGAAAAAUUAUGCGAGAGUUGUAUUAAAAACUGCACAUAUAAUGACAAGAAUGGCUGUUAUUUACAAAAUAUUUGGUUACUAAGUAUUAUUGCACAAUUUUAUUCAGAAUUAACUCAAAAGAAUCCUGCAAUCGU